AUGGCCUCUGACGACGAUUUGCAGGCUCUUGACACCCAUCAUGAUGAAAAAGAUUGGGAGUCGCAGAAGGAGAAUUUCCGCAUUUGUUACAUUGAUAAUGGCAUGACACGCAAGGAAGCCGCAGAGUACAUGAAAGAACACUUCAACUUCAGCGCCACUCCCCGCCAAUGGGAGCGCAAAAUCAAGCAGUGGGGAUUUUCAAAGUACGCAAAUCGAGAGGAAAGGCUUCAUCAGAUUGCGCAAACCGGCAAAACCGUCUACGACGUGAGUCGUCCUGGUCGAAGACCUCGCUCACAUGUGGACGAGCGCGGCAAUCUCCAACCACAUGAGGAUCGCAACCUCCGUCGUUUCGCCCGUCGAGAACUCAGUCGCUCGAGGUCGAGGUCAAGAUCUGCUUCCUUUACCGACAUGCCGCGUCCACAAUUCAAACAAGAAAUUUCGGAUCCUUCUGCAAAUGCCUCAAUAGAGUCCCCAUUUGACUUCAACCACCUCGAUUUGGAAAUGCAACGGAGUUCCAGCAACGACGGAUUCCAUAUGGCUUCAGCACAAGCCGGCAGUGGACUGCAAACCUUCCAACCGCAAAUCUUUCAAGGGCAUGAACCUGGCGCGUACGGAACGUCUGCUAAUCCCAAUAGCCUUCCUCUUCCCGUUGGCCACAAUCAAUGGGGUCAGACACAAGCAGAUGGGACUCAUCGGUUCGGCGCUGUUGGUGCACAAACCAAUUACACAGUCUUUCCGGACGAUCCGACUUCCUCGCAAAUUGCCCCAGUAGGCGGCGUCCCGAAUGGCAGUCAGCGCUUCUCAGUAAGUGCAAACGACCCGUCAUUUGGUUUCCCUAUCACCGAACCCUCGGUGCCGUCAUUAUCAGCAGACUUCAGUCAGUACGUCAUGGCUGGUACCGACAUGGCGAUGGCUCCAGGAAUACUGCCCGAGGACAUGAUGACGGAGCAAUCGAGGUUCAAUAACACUCUACCAGUCCCUCUGGGCUCGGAGACAUUAAACCAGACCGGUUUCGAUAAUAAUCCAGGGAUCCAGUUUGCUGUGGUGGAUGUGGACUCGACACCAAUGCUUGCUGCUGCCGAUGCGGCUCCAUUGCACCCUUCGCUAGGCAUAGACGAUUUAUUUCUAGAGCCCGGCACGGGCAACGAUGGCCCUCUCCAGAAUGAUGUGUUGCCACUUGUGGAGGAUUACACUCGAGCUGUUCAAGCUGCAGCCCUCGGCUUCAUGAACAGGUCUUCACACGACAAUAGCAUGGCUGCGGGCGACUUAGCCGCGGAUCUUGUUCAACCAAGCAGGGCAUUCCUGGCAAACAUGGCCGUCAUCCUCGACAACUUUGCAAAGUCGCAGCAGAGAUCUCUCCAGAGCAUGAAGGAUACCUGCAGGAACCUCCGACAAAAGAAUGCACGGCUCAUGCAGUUCAUCAAUAGCAACAAUGAUAUGCAGCCAAUGCCUUCAAUAGAGCCACAACAGAGUCGCUCAUCUCUUCCCCCACAGGGCCCGAUAUACGGCAAUAUGUAUACACAGAACUUUUGA